ACCUCACCCUGACUCUCUGUCCCAUAUUAACCUACAGCAGCUGGCAUGCGGGCCUAUGACAUGAGUCGUUACCGGCAAUCUGCAGAGCCCCCCCAGCAGCCCCCCUCUUCCCAGGGUGAAGGCUACUCCCAGGUUCCCAAGACUCACCGGUUCAUGACCUUGGCAGACCACAUUUCGCAUAUCAUCACCCAGGACUUCGCUAGGAAUCAGGACCCUCCUCCCGUCUCCUCCUCAGCUUCGGCAACAUUCCAGAGCUCAAUGCCAUCCGUGUCCUCCUCAGGCCGGGCCAAGGGGCACAGCCGCUACAGUCCUGAGAAUCAGGGCCAGGCCUCUCACCACCAGAGAUCCACCAGCAGAGUUUCCCCAGAGAACGCCCCUGACAAGACCAGAGCGAGGCCCGGUAAAUCUCCAGAGCGAAGCGGCAGGCAGAUGGAGAACUAUGAACCCAUUUCUCCACCACAGAGCUACCAGGUUAUGGAGAAACAGGAAGCGGCCGGGCAUCCACCCCAGAGACGAGAGGCUGAAAACUCUGAGAUCAGGAAUGACUCGCGCUCUCCGGGAAGUGUAAGCUAUCUGCCUUCCUUCUUCACCAAGCUUGAAAACACCUCGCCUAUGGUGAAAUCCAAGAAGCAGGAGAUCUUUCGUAAGUUGAACUCCAACUCUGGUGUCGGUGAUUCUGAUGUUGGUAAGUGGGUGUCUUCUUAUCCUGUCUCUUCAAACUAGGGCUGUCCCGAAUACCAU